AUGAAUUCUUUAUUAAGGCAGCAAGUUCAUGUAGGAUUGGAAAGGCCAGAUUUUACAACCAAUCCAUCGGAGCUACUUAUUUCAGUCAAUCCGCAAACGCUACCAAAAAUUAUCACGAUUGAUGUUGUAAAUGAAGAAGGUCAUCAUUUCGCUGCUGAUCCACGCAUUUCCAUUUAUCCCGAUGAUAGCCCUGUAUUUUUGGUUUUCUCGAAGCCAUCGUUGCAGAAUAUUACGGAUUUUAGUGAGCCGGAAUCAAUACUUACACUGUUUCUCAGCUAUCGUCCUCUAAUUGGAACAACGAAUUUGACGAUUGCUGGUGAUAUUGCACUUCUUGACGGCAGCAGGCAACUGUUUGUGGUACCUUAUCGAGGCAUUUAUACAACUUCCACUGUAUUUGAUUUUCACAUUACGGUACGGGAUGAACUGAGUGCCCGGGAUCCGGCACAUUUUGUUGAUGAUGCGCAAAUAAUUUUG